AUGCGGAGGCCUUUGUUCCUGCGCAUCGUCAAUGCAGUUGUUGCUCGUGACUCGUAUUUCAUGCAAAGCAUCGAUGCUGCCGGGCGGCAAAGUAUAUCGAUUUUGCAUAAAUGCAUAUCCACCCUACGCCAACUCGCUUACGGAAUGACUACAGAUAUGUUUGAUGAGUACCUCCAUGUGACCGAGCAAACUGGACGCGAUUGCCUAGCUAGAUUCUCCCGGGCAGUUGUCAAAGCAUUCAAGGAUACAUACUUGAGAAAGCCAACGACCAACGAUGUUCGCAAGUUGGUGAACAUGCACGAGCAGACCCACGGCUUCCCGAGGAUGUUGGGCAACAUCGACUAUGGGAUUUACCCUCGAUGGUCUGCGUUCGUGAAGACCAUCACAUGUCCGACAACGGAUAGGAGGGCAUUGUUUGCCCAAAAGCAAGAGGCGGCUCGGAAAGAUGUGGAGCGUGCAUUCGAGUCCUCCAAGCACGGUGGGCUAUGGUGA